UAAAACCAGCUCCAAAUAUAAAUGUAUUUCCUGUUUGAGGAAGUGGCCUGACGUUUAGUCUCGAACACACAAAAUACUAAUUUUCUCAGAGGAUCUGGGCUGCUGUUUGGAGCACAUAGACGCCUGCCAACAUGCAGCCUAGUCCCACACCAAUGUUGAGCCCUCACCUUUGGCAUUUGAUGGGAACUCUGCUGUUAUUUUCCUGUCUACCAUUGCAACUUCGUGCAUUCAAUAUCGACGCUGACAAUCCAGCCGUUUACUCAGGACCUGCAGGGAGUCACUUUGGAUUUUCCGUUGAGUUCUACAUGCCUGAGGCUGGCAGUCCAGGUAUCCUUAUUGGAGCUCCAAAGGCAAAUACAACCCAAGAAAAUGUAAUUGAAGGAGGAGCAGUGUUUCUCUGCCCUUGGUCGGCUAAUGGAAGUCUGUGCAGUUUAAUACCAUUUGAUACCGAAGGUAACCGGCACAUUGACAGGAUAGCGGAAAUUAUGAUGGAUCACAAAUCUAACCAAUGGUUUGGAGCAACUGUCAAAGCUUACAAGGACAAAAUUGUGGCCUGUGCCCCCUUGUAUCGCUGGCAGUUCGUGAGAAAGACCUUUCAGGGGGACAUGACUAGUGGCAAUAAUCCGGUGGGCUCGUGCCGGAUAGCGUCCGCGAAUCUCAGCAACUUCGUCGAGUAUUCACCAUGUCGUUCCAAACUGCUGGAGGAACAGAUGUCAGCCAAAGUUCCAGAUCAACGUUUUUGUGAAGCAGGAUGGAGCUGUGAAAUCACAGAGGGAGGAAAAAUAGUCAUGGGAGCACCUGGCAGCUUUUACUGGCAAGGCCAGUUGAUUGCUGCCAACAUUGGCGAGAUUAUCAAAAAUUACAACUACAACUUUCCGUUGAAAAUAUUGAGCCCGAUCAUGCAAACCGAGGAUGUGAGAGGGAUACAAGAUAACAUCUUCCUGGGCUACUCGCUUACCUUGGGAGAGUUCACAGGCGACUCAGUAAAAGAAUAUCUCGUUGGAGCCCCCAGGGCGAAAAGCACAUUGGGUUCUGUAAAUAUCUUGUGGUCUACGAACAUGACAACUAUACUAACCAUAAUUGGUGAGCAGGUGGCAGCGUACUUUGGCUAUGCAGUGACUGUCAUGGAUCUAAACAGUGAUGGGAGAGAUGAUAUUUUAGUUGGAGCUCCGCUGUUUAUGAGCCAAGGACAGGAUGACAAACUGCACGAGGUGGGACGGCUGUACCUUUACUUGCAGGAGCAACCUGGAGUCUUCAAAGAACCGCAUCAGACCUUCACCGGGACAGACAAGUUUGGCAGAUUUGGCAGUGCCAUAGCCAGCCUCGGCGAUAUCGAUUACGAUGGAUGCAACGAUGUAGCAGUUGGAGCCCCAAUGGCCGGUGAAGAUGGCAAUGGCAGGGUGUUUAUUUACCUGGGACGUGCGAGUGGACUCCACCAAACACCAUUCCAACAACUGAAGGGUACGUGGGGCCCUGACAUGAUGGCAGCAGGAUUUGGCUUUUCAUUGAAAGGAGGCCUGGAUAUCGAUUCAAAUAAUUUCACAGAUUUGAUUGUUGGUGCCCACAAUGCCGCCAAAGUCCUGGUGUACAGGGCAAAACCGGUUGUAACAGCAGAGGCCAAACUCACCAUCACACCAAAUACUCUGAAUCCGGAAGUAAAGUCAUGCAAGUUGUCAAAAGAUAACACCCCCGUGACAUGUUUUACCAUGCGUAUGUGUGUAAAAGUGACAGGGCGUAAUGCACUUCAGCAUUAUGUGCUGAACGCUCAGAUAGAGCUGGACAAAAACAAGCAGAGGUCCCAGCGCCGAAUACGAUUCCUGCAUUCAUACCAAGCUCAGGAAGAGAUUCAGUUUCCACUAGUAAACGAGAAAGAAUCCUGCAAAAAUCGAACCGUUUACCUCAGGGAUGAAGCAGAGUUUAAGGACAAGCUGAGCCCAAUCGUUGUGACGGGGAACUGCAGUCUGGCGGAGCGAGUGGACAGCUCCGGCAUCCUGCCCGCCGUGCUCAGCCCGCACAGUCAGGUCCUGGUGACGGAAAAGCUUCGUAUUCUCCUGAACUGUGGACCUGACACCGUGUGUAUCCCAGAUCUCAAACUCUCUGCAAGAACAGACAAGGACCAUUUGAUUGCUGGAGUCUCAAACCCGCUCACGAUGGUUUUCAAUGCAGUCAAUGAUGGAGAAGGAGCAUAUGAAACCGAACUACACAUCCCACUCCCUCCUCAAAUUGACUUCAUCAGUGUUGUGCGGGGUAAUGAGAACCUGACUAAGCUGAGCUGUAACCCAGUGGAGUUCAACGGCACUCAAACAGUGAUCUGUGACCUCGGCAAUCCAAUGGCAGCUGAUGUGAAGUUAUCCACAGGACUCCAUUUCAUGGCGCACAGCUUGGAACAGGUGGACACCGUCACAAUCAGCAUGCAGAUAAAAAGUAAAAACUCACAAAAUUCUGAUAGUGAGGUGGUCCAUUUGAAGUUGCAAGUCAAAGCUCUGGCUCAGCUUGUUCUCAGAGGGGCUUCGCUGCCUGAGCAGAUUAUACUCCCAUUCAUCAAUUUUGAAUCGCCUUCAGAUACGGUGGUGAAGAACAGCAGCCUACCAGUGAUAGCGCAUGUCUAUGAGUUACACAACAAAGGCCCAUCCGUCAUUAGUAAAGCCAUUGUGGAAAUGGACUGGCCUGCAGACUUCAAUGGCAUUAAUCUCCUGUUCAAAUCAAUGGUUGAACCAACAAAUGAAAUCAAGUGCACUGUAAACUCCACUGAAGCUGAGAGCUGGGUCCUGUCCUUAAGCACGAAGAGUCCAUUUACUACUGAGAACAUUCGUCAUGAAUUGAAUAAAAGAGACGUCAGCAAACCUGAAGCUUUAGUGGAGGAAACCAUCUUAAAUUUGACCUGUGACGUUUCCAAAUGUGUGAAAAUUGUGUGCCAUGUGGGUCGUCUGGAGGGAAAUAAGAGAGCAGUGAUCAGCAUACAAUCCACUCUCAGAAUGGAGCCCUUCAUAAAGAAUCAAUACAAACAGUAUACUUUCCAGUCCAGAGCAUCUUUCAUUGUGCAAGAAAUGCCGUACAAAGUACAGCCUGAAGAAUUCCCCAGUGGCAAUACCAUGGUAGAAUCCAUCAUUGAAUGCAGUGAACCAGAGGGAGCCGGGACUGUGCCAGUCUGGUGUAUUAUUGUAGCUUUGCUCGGGGGCUUGCUACUCAUAGCUACGGUGGCAUUCAUCCUUUGGAAGUGUGGAUUUUUCAAAAGGAAACUGCCCCCAGCCGAAUCUGAAGAUUUGUUGUAACUUCUCACCAACAAACAACCCCUGUUUCCCAGUGGCCCCAGAAUGAAGAGAGUGUUGCCUCUGUCAAUCCCAGACAUAUUGCAAGAGGCACAUUCUCACCUUGAUGCAUAUAGUUAAUCUCAGCAACCAUGGGCUCCUUCAACAGGGCACUCAGAUGUAUCUCACGGGUGCUUCUGCCAGGCAGGAGUCUUCACCAGAAGCCUUAAAAUGGUUACUGAAGACGUAUUUUCAAAUGUGUGAAAGCAGCUUAAAGCAAUCAGAGACCUUGCCGAUGGUCUUAUUUCCAGAUGGAGUCACAGUUAAAUCAUAACAAAUGUCUGAACAUGGGUAACUACUGCCCCAGAAGAAGCCCAAAUAAUCUCAACCAGCCAUCAUCAUUUGUUACGAGGCAGGCCCAAGUGUAGUUCAUUCUUGCUUUGCAUUUCCGACCAUACGCUAAGUACUCUAACCAUUUCCUACAUUAACCAUUUCAUACUUAUUGCUACAUACUAUAACCAUUUCCUACCUAUCGCUA